CAUCAUUUAAUACUACCGAAUUCUAGCCCCUAAUAUAGUUGUUAGUCUCUAAUUCUUAACCCCUUUGAAUUGUUCAGGGCAGCCGUAUGCAGGGUUUUCUCUGUAACUCAAAACAUUUUUACACUGUGCAGUCUAGUACAUCAAUACAUAGCAUUACCUAUUCCGGCAAGUAUGUAACUCUAUGUCAGGUGAUGCAGAUCGUGUGACUAGCGACACUAUUAUUAUAUACAAGCAAAUCACAAUAAUCCCGGGGUAUAUUUUUCAACCCUAUUCCGAAGGUAAACUUUAUAACCACAAUUUACUCAACAGAUACAUGAGGAUAAUUUGUUGACCAUUACAUUCAACUGACCACCAUAGCAAUGCUUGCUCGAAUAAUAAAACCACGAAAACUUUCAUGCCACUUCCAAUUGGCAAGUAGAAAUUACUCUGAUUUCAGUCAUGUAGUAAUUGGUGGUGGAGUAGUGGGUACAGCCAUUGCAUCUGAACUUCAAAAAGUUUCGGGUAAUAGUGUUUUACUUGUUGAAAAAAAUCAAGGUUUGGGUUUAGAAACAACUUCAAGAAAUUCUGAAGUCAUUCAUGCAGGUUUAUACUAUCCUCCAAAUUCAUUAAAAGCCCAAUUAUGUAUAAAAGGUAAAGAAAAGAUUUAUCAAGCAUGGGAUUCAGAUCCAAAUUUUAAAUCUCAAGUUCCUCUUCGCAAAUGUGGGAAAUGGGUAGUUGCUCAGUCAGAAUCAGAAAUAGAAUAUCUUGAGAAAUUAUCUAAAAAUGCUACUGAUCUUAAAGUACCAGUAUCAAUGAUAUCAGCAUCAAUGGCUGCUAAAAAGUAUCCAUUAAUAAGAGCAGAGGCAGGUGCAUUGGAAAGUCAUACCACCGGAAUAAUUUCAGCCCAUGAUUUAACUCAUUAUUAUCAAUCUGUGUUUGAAAUUAAUGAAGGAACUGUUUCAUUAAAUACAACAUUAAAGGAUAUUCAAUUUAAUCAAGGUGUACCAAACUAUACAUUAAAUUUAUUUGAUGAUGAAAAUGGAGAAUUUGAAAUUCAAGCAGAUAAUGUAAUUAAUGCAGCAGGUCUUUAUGCUGCUGAAAUUUCAAAUUUACUUCUUCCUAAUAAAAUCUCACCUUAUUUCGCUAAGGGAACUUACUUUAGUUUCGAACCAGAAACUCCAAUAAGCUCAUCUAAAAUAACUGAAGUAUUAAUUUAUCCUUGUCCUAAUCCAAAUGCAUCCUCUUUAGGAACUCAUUUAACGUUUGACUUAGGAGGUCAAUUACGUUUUGGCCCUGAUUUGGAAUGGUUGGACAUUGAAAGGGCAGAACAAAUAGAUUAUACACCAAGUUCUGAUAACCUUCAAGCAGCAUAUGAAGCUAUCAAAACUUAUUUACCAUUAAUCACUCCUCAAGCAUUACACCCUACGUAUUCUGGAGUACGUCCAAAGGUUGUUUCUGAAAUAGAAAAUAAAAAGGCAUUUGCUGAUUUUAUAAUUCGCGAUGAAAAGAAUCAAGGAUUCGCAGGAUUUGUAAAUUUAUUAGGAAUUGAAAGUCCUGGUUUGACUGCUUCUUGGUCAAUUGCCGACUAUGUUAGAGAUAUUUACCACUAGAAGAUACAUUAAUUUUUCAUACAUUUAUAUAAAAGUUGUUUGCAUUUAUAUAAAAUAUUUAUAAUACAU